AUGGCUAACAUGCAGCAGGAGUACCCGGGGAUCCUCCUGGGGAUCCUAGAGGAACUGGCCAAUAUGCGCCAGUGGCUAACAUUCCAAGACCUUUGUCGCAUGGUCAGCACCCGCUUUGACUUAGAGCACCUCGUGGAGCUCAGGAGUUUGCUGUUUGCCGCUGCCAGCAGGGACCCCUGUUUUCCAGCCACUUUGUUCAGGGACAGGGUUGCCUCCAGAGGCCAGGGGCUUUCACCCAUAGGGGUCGCUGCAGAUAUAGUAACUAUCUUCAAUCUCAUUCAGAUGACAGGUGGGGUCUCCAACGACAUCCAUCCAAUGAGAGCCCAGACAGUCCUCCCUGUUGACCAGUCUCCAGGCCCUAGUCUGCCUGGACUCCACCCACCGAACAUUUCCGGUCGAGCAAGAGCACGUAUACAGUCUGACUCUAGUGGAAGACCAAUCGACCAGCACUUGCUGAAUCCCAAAUCAAAUUACUCUGCACGCAAGCGAGCGAGUCUUCCCCCGGAUCCCCUCUCAUUUGUGUCGUCCCCUCCCAUCAGGACAAGGGCUGUCUCUUUUGAUUUGCCUCAUACUAUACAUUCGUACACUACCGGUCGAAUUCCCAACGAGGUUAUGAAGAAUAUCUACCUACCUUUGGAGACGGAUAGUGAAUCUAGUGGAGAGUCUGCUCCAAUGGAGGUGUUUGAAGCCGAACAGGAGUCAGCAGUUGACCAGAAGAGAAACAUCUUCAGGAAGGACUUCCACAACCAGCCACCUCUAAUACCACAGGUGACUGUGAGCAGCGAGUCUCCCAGUCCCAAAAUGGGACACGCAGGCUUUGGCAAUCGCGGCUUUGAAGCGAUCCCAAAUCCUUAUCCAUCACCUAUGAUCGUACACCAGUCGCCGGAGCAGCGCUCAAACGCUAAACAUGAGAGCUUUGAUGAUCUGCAGGACUCAACUUAUUUUGGACCUGGAUCAGAGCCGUCCCCCAGCCGUCUUCCUCUACCACCCAGGAACAAAAGGCCCAUCUGGAGUAAUAAGAGCCACAGUCUAGAGGACCGGAUAGGUAUGGGCAGCAUUGAUGUGGGAAUGGAAUCACAAGCAGGACAACUUCCAAGGCGAUCGACCCCGGCUAUCAGCAUUUUAGGGGGGUCUUCAGGAGGUGAGAGCGAGGACAGUGGAUUGCCAAGUGGAGGGGAUGGAGUGCAAGCUCGAGGAACACAAACAGACCUGCCAGACGCACGGAGACUCCGCAGCCUGGUUCACGCUGAUCGUCUCUCCUUCAUGACCUCAUUAGAUGACCCUGAGUUUGGUGAAGAUGAUAUCAGUGCUAUUUUUCGAUUCUUAGAUGACAUAAGUAUGUGUGGUUCCACAGGGGUCCUGCACCCGAGUGAUGGCCCACUUAACCAGGACACCCCAGAGGCCAGACGUGGCCGCCUUGGUCAGCUCCAGAGGCUCUUCCAUUCUCUGGAGAGCAGUGACGAUGGGCUUAAGACCAGUGUCUGUAAGCUGCUGCUUCGUAUGAGUCAGAUAGAAAGACAGCUGGAGUCUCUGAAUGAUGUGAAGGCAGAGAUUUCUCAGGUCCUCUCUGCUUUGCAGCGACUAGAUGAAAAGAUCCAGCAGCCUAUCGUUGGCGGCGGCCAAGGCAUUGGCACUAGAUGGCUGGAGCCUCUCAGUGGUGUCUCCUCUUUUAUCAGCCACCCCGUCACACCUUCUGAGUCAUCGGAGCCUCAGCCUCUGUCUGCAUCUGGGCAUCUGUUUCCAGGGACCAGCACAAGCAGUCUGGACUGGAGCCGAUGGAACACCCCUGUGGAUCAACCAGAAAGCGUCAAAGGUAAAGCAGACUCUAAAGAUGCGAAAGAAGGGAAAAAGGAUGCAUCAUCUCGCCGUGCCUCCAAAACCCAGUCCGAGGAAAAAAGUCUCUCUGAUAUCAAACAGCUGAAUGUUUCUAACUCUGCAAGAGACUGGACAGUGUCUUUCUCCAAAAAUAAAGAUGGCAAAGAAUUGCAACGAAAAAUUGGACAGGCUGAUCAGUCAGACAGCACCACUAACCUACUCUCCCAGAAGUCCACCAGCAUGGUGGAACAAGUGUUUAACUCCUCCCUGUUCCAUCACAAGGACAGCAGUCUGACGCGAGGGCUCUCCUCUGGGAAGGUCAUCGACCCCAGACUGGCUGAAGGAAGAGGAAGACCCAUAUGGACUGUAGAUGACAGAGAGGCACGGAUCUCCCCUUUGGACCUACAGGCUCAGGAGUCUUUAAACCCCAACAACAUGGAGUUCUGGAUGGAAGACAUCUACACUCCGGGCUACGAUGCUCUGCUCAGGCGUAAAGAAGCUAACCUCCGUCGGCUCAAGGCCUGCAAACUGGUCGCCCUCAUUACCAUUGUGGUGGCUAUCAUCCUUAUCAUCGUCAUUCCCAUUUGCACAGUGGGCUCAUGAAAAACCCCACAGAAAAUCCAUCUGUCCUCAUCGGACUUAUCUGUUCAUGUCUUGUCAGCAGCGAUGUGGUGUACCCAGGAUCUGAAACGCUUUCUCAUGGAGAGAGGGACUGUGACUUACUGAACUCCUUACAUCUGUCCGCAUGAUGCACCAUUGUCCGUAACUUCAGAAAAACGGGAGGAUUUGAACCAUAAAUCAUUCUCUAAUACAGCUACAAGAGGCUGUAAAGUGUCUUCCAUUACAAGAGUAUUUCCAAGAUCUGCUGUGAUUUUAUUUCAUGGUGUAUGUUCUUAAUCUUCAGGUGACCACAGAAAUAAGGGAUUAAUGCCAAGCUUUUAAGUUUAUUUUACGUUUUUAAAAUAACUAUGACAACAUAUGUUGAAACUAGUACUACUGAGCCAAUGAAGUGUCAAUUUCUUAUUACUUUCUUGUCAUGUCUGCACUUUUCUGAUAAGCAACACUGUCAAGUAUAUGCAUCGAGCACUGCCUGACUUGAUCUUGCUGUUCCCUUUAUAACCAUACAGGGCUUUUUUCACUUCUAUGUAAGGGACAUUUUAUCAAUAGACGAGGAUUUAGAUAAUUCAUUAAGAGAAUUGAAUUGUGUGGACAAUGGUGUUUAAUUUCUUUUUGCUUGAAUGUUCUUAAA